CAGCGCCCAUGGUUUUCCAAGCCGGGAAAAUAUCACGUUUCUUUUCACUCAUUUGUGAACUAAACAAACCCUUGAAUCAACACUCAAAGCUGUCCUAUAAAUGAUGGCUUCACUUCACUUUUCCCAACCUGCUUUUAAAAACAUUUACAACAAAUCAAAGUAUUUUGGGCUUCUUUCCAAAUCCAGUUCGCGAUUCAAGGUCUUCCCGUUGAACAACAACGUGCAUUCUAGCAUGAUACAUUUCACUGGAUUGUCACGAUCUGCGAGUCGUCUAUUGACUACGAGAACUAUACUUCAUCAUGGUCCAGCAAGCUCAACGAUUUCAGGGAACAGUGUCGGGCAGCAUCCUAUGAGAUCGAGAGUUGCAGUGCAGUUGCGGGCAUCAAUCUUUGGUGGCCAGAAUGUGGAGAAAAAUGUAGUGCCGAUUUUGAAUGGAUGCUUCAGAAAUACUUUUCAGCAUAAACACUCAUUCUCGACGUCCUGUGCAACGCUAGCAACAAGAAAGGCCAAGAAACGAAGGCAGGAAUUGGAAGUGUUGCCCUUUGAAGUGGACGUAAAUAACGUCACUCAAGAUAUCCCAGUCUACACCAAUGAUGGUCAGAAUCGGUUCUUCCUGCUGGUUAGCUUUUUUGGAGUUAUUCAGUUUGGAUUCUGGUCAUAUGUUGCCCACUUUGCCUAUACAACAUUGAGAGAUGCUCCGGUGAAAGAAGAGCAAGAUGAGGAGACUCUUCCAUUCUGGCGGAAAGUCAAUCUUGGGGGAAACAAGUACAGAUUUGGUACUGCUUUGCUGUCCAUUACAGUUGGAUAUGUGUUGCUGUACGCCUCCAUUUUCUAUCCGAUGAGGGCAGUUAAGCGCCUUACUCUCAUGCGAGGAGGAAGAACGGCAAAAGUCACGACAUACGCUCCAUUUGGAGCAUACAGAAGCUUCACAGCAAGAGUUGAGGACAUCCAGAGUAUGCAAUCGCGGGCCGAAAUGAAACAACAUAUUUCUUUAAAAGUAAAAAACCGCCGCAUGUUUUACCUCCUGGACAGCAAUGGAAAAUUUCUAAAUACUCAAAUAUUUGACUUUAUUGUGGGGCUGAAGAGACGGUGGUAGCUUUGGUCAAUACUUGACUGUGGCCCUGCUCAGUGGACUGAUCAUUACUCUCCAAGAAACUCACCCCUGGUCUGUGUGCACCACUGUUCUGACCGGCAAUCAUUAAGCCGAAAUGUCUGCACUGUUGUAUGUAUCGGGAGAUUGUGGUGCCAUCUUUGGUAACGAGAGGCCCAAGGGCCUGGCACUGCUGAAACACUUAAUGCAAACACGGUUAUCUUUGCCAGCUAAAUAUCUCUGUGUGCCAGUUUGUACUAAAAUAAGUGGUGAUUGUAUGGGAUAUGUUAAUGAUUAAAGUUAGUGUAU